UGACGCGGCUCGCCAGUGCGCGGAUCAUGGGACGCCAAGGGACCAUUACGUGGACCGCUUGUCUAUCGUGCAGCUGGUUAGGAUCCUGAACAAGGUGCCAGAACGUGAAUGCAGCUUCAGUGAGUGAGCGAAGUGCAGGAGGUGCCCAGUAAAUCAGAAAACAGAAAUAUAUAAGAAGAAACGGACUUCAUGGUGACAUCUAUCUCUGUCUAUAGCGAGCUUAUGAUUGUAGUGUUGGACUUAUCGACAUAUCAGCAACUCACACUCAGAGAUAAGAGACUCGCCAAUGACAGGUGACGGCGUAGUGAUUUAGUGCACGGUGAAACGAAGAGACUCACAUGAUUCAUACCCAGGGGCGUGUCUCUCGAACUCGCUGCAUUGAGCUAAGUGUUGAUAGAAAGCUACACGCACUAUAUAGCAUCGAGGAGGUUGUUCCACUGUCUUAGUACGGAGGUAAAUGGAAAAGGUUCUACCCACUCCUUGGGGCACUCCUCUCUCCAAGUUAUGAGUGUCAGGAGGCGGUUCCACUAAUUCGCUGUGACUUUGCGGUAAAUAAAAUCAAGAACGAAGAGACUAGAUACUCCUAAAGGUGCUUCAAUCUCUGUGCAUCUCUCGAAGUUAGUGUAGUGAGUGUUGAGUGGUGAUACCAGAGCUACACACAGCAUCGUCAGGAGCCUUCAGGACAACUUUUGGCAGCAUGAAGACUGUGGCUGUCAAGGUCGUGAUCGUCGGCUCCCAAGGCGUGGGCAAGACCUCCCUGGUGACGCGCUACGAGACUAAGUGCUUCAACAAGGCCACCAGCUCCACCAUUGGCGCGUCCUUCAGCAACGUGGAGAUCCUCGUCGACGACACCAAGGUCAAGAUGCAGGUCUGGGACACGGCGGGCCAGGAGAGGUUCCGUUCCAUGGCGCCGAUGUACUACCGCGGAGCCAACGCAGCGGUCCUUGUUUACGACCUGACCAACUUCGAAAGCUUCACUGAUGUCAAGUCCUGGGCGCACGAGCUGCAGAGCCGUGUCGAGGACGAGCUUAUGCUGGUGGUGGUGGGGAACAAGACUGACCUGGCCACGGAGAGAAGAGUGGAAACAGACACCGCCAAGAAGUACGCCAAGUCCAUAGAGGCCUCCUUCUUCGAGACCUCCGCCCUUGACAACACAGGCGUGCAGGAAAUGUUCAGCGCGGUGGCCAAGCGGAUGGUGGAGCAGGCCAAGGCGAACACGAGCUCCAGCAGCCUCCGAGUCUACUCCCCCGAGGGCAAGGACCAGCAGGGCUCCGCGGUGAGGCUGGGGGAGGGCGGCGGCGGCGGGGGGCAGCAACGGGGGCGGUACGGGGGUUGCUGCUGACGUGAUGAUGGCCCCUCCGCCCCGCCGCCUGGCCAACCGCCCCCCUCCCCGCCAGGCCAGGCCACCGUGAUUCAUGCUGUGAUAAGUAACGAGACGAUGACGCCGCUUGAGGGUGUCGUGACGAGGCCUACUGUGUAAACAAGGCCAAGAUAUAGAUACUGUACGUUCUCCUGAGCACACAGAGGCCUUGGUGAGCGUGACCCCUGGCUGAAUUCCGUCGUUGUUCGGCGCUCUCGUUGUUAAUUGUUACUCAUAAUGUUGUUAAUAAUCAUAUGUUGUUUACCGUUUACCGUUGAUGAGGUUUCAGGCCCCGGUCCGCCACCAUAGCAGCGCUCCACAGGGCCACAGGUUGUACUUCUAUAAAUGAUAUUGUUUACAACAGCGCCGGUUCUAGUCUUCUGGGAGGCCUUGAGCGUGUGUACGGCAGUGACAGGUGGUACGUGUAUUUAAUAAGUAGAGAGAAACUGAACAGCUACAUUGCAACACCCUACAACGUUGCCAGAUUAUCGUACUCAGCCACCUUUGUUUGACGAUUUCCGACCCCAAAACUGCCUCCUCGAACCCAAUAACUGCCUUCAUAUAUUGUUAUCGUUAAAAUGGUUAAUAAUUGGUGUGUUUUGGCAAUAGCUAUGGCUCAGAAACCGGUAAAUACGAGGCUAUGAGUACGACAAUCUGGCAACGGUGAGUCCCUGCAUCUCACUGGCUAUAUCGUCGUGCUGUCUAUCGCUGCCUUACGUCCUAUGAUACGAUGGCAUGCUCCUCCUCCUUUGUUGUUUUACUUGCAACAAUAAACUAUCAAUUAAUCAUCAAUCAUGCCGGCUAUCGAUGCCUUACAUGCGAUAAGGUUUUGAGGCCCGUCAUGUCAGUACACAAUAAUUAACGGCUAUGGGGCUUGGAAGUCAUGUUGGCCGAGGAUGGCGAGGCUAUAAAAAAAAUAGUGAGGUUUGGUUAGCCCGGUAGCUGCGGGGAUCAUGCUUCUAAGGCCCCUCUAAGCGAGAAUAAUGAGAAAAAAAUCAUCACUCGCGCAAACCAUUUCAUUAUACCUCCCUUACUUUAAUAAAGGGAGAUUAGUUGAUUUUAAAGUAUCAGAUAUCAACAUUCACUAUUUUUUGGAAUAGUAUAUAUUUUUAGGACCCCUGUACAGACAAAGGGAACCAAAAGUCUUAUCAUUUGUGGCUAAAACUGUAGCAGUGUAUUUAUGUUAAGAGGAAAUAUGUGCUGUGUCUGCUGUCCUCACUCCUUCCAUGGCUGUGCGGCCGUCAGUAACACACUCUCUGGGAUAGCUAAGUUAACCUUCCUUAAAACAAAUAUUAUUUAUUGAUUUCAUUAAAAUAUCAAAAACACCAAA